AUGGAAGAAGAACAUCAAGGUCUCGAUAAACCCAUCAAUGGAGCUCUGCGACAUCUCAAGAUCACUCAUUCACGAGAAGAAACAGAAGAAUCGACGAACCAACAGCGAGACCUCUCUUGUUACUACAACCUAAGGGAAAAUCCGAAGAAGAAGACCCAGGAAUCUCCGGAACCGAUGAAGAAGAAUCUGUUCAGAUGCGAUGAAUGUGGAAAAGGGUUUCGGUACGAGAAAUGUUAUUCGAAUCAUCGAGCGGUGAUGCAUUCUUCGACGAACCAGAAGGUUUAUGAAGAAACUAUGAUGAGUAUGUGUCGUAGCUUCAGUCUUGUGAGGAAGAAGAAAAGAUCGAGGCUUAUUAGGUUCAAGAAGACUUCAUUUUCUUGUUCGUUUACAACAUUUACUGAGUCGCGUUCUGUUUUUGCUGCCAAUGAUGAAGAGCUAGAAGUUGCCGAUUGUUUGAUUCUUUUGUCUAAGAGUAGUCCCAAGUUUGUAGACGGACUUAAACUUGUUGCUGAAGCAGUAGAUGUUACUCCUAAAGGUAGCUCUGAUUUUGGUUGUUUGCGCAACAAGAAACCUCUAAAAGGCGGUGACUUUGAAUCUGGGUUUUUCAGUAAUGAGCAAAGACUUAAGGAAGAAGUGUUUAGUAGUCAUGGAACACCGAAAGAACCAGGUGGCUUCUUGAGAGACGAUAACAGAUUGAAUCAGCAGAAACGGAGAAAAGUUGGUGAAUUUAAAUCUGUGUUUUUGAGUAAUGAGCAAAGACUGCUAGAAGAAGAGGUUACUUCCCCUGUUAUAUUCAAAGGACCAGCGAGUUUCUUAGGAGGUAAACAUGAAGUGGAUCAGCUGAAACGGUGCAAAGCCGGUGACUUUGAAUCUAGGUUUAACAGAACUGAGCUUGGAGUAAGGGUUAUGGAGUGUACUGACUCAGACACUGAGAUGAUAACUGAAUCUGAUAGGAAGAACGCUGAGCAUCAAUGCAGGUUGUGCAACAAAAUAUUCUCGACUUAUCAAGCUCUAGGAGGUCAUCAGACGUAUCAUCGGAUGAACAAAAGUAAGAACAAGAUGGAGGAAUCAGUUGAACUUGAGGACGAAUCUGUGAGAUGCUCAGUGACAAAGAGAAGAAGACACGCAAGUGUAGUAGCAUCCGUUCAAGGAAGUUCAGCUCGGUUCAUGGUUUAG